AUGAAGGCCGCCAUCUACCGCGGCGCCAAGGACAUCCGCAUCGAGGAGGUCGACAAGCCGACCGUCAAGGCCGGCCACUGCCUCGUCAAGGUCGCGUACUGUGGCAUCUGCGGCACAGACUUGCACGAGUACGAGUCCGGCCCUAUCCUCGUCCCCGACAAAGUGCCGCACCCUGUCACCGGCUGCUCGCUCAAGGACGGCAUCUGCCUCGGUCACGAGUUCUCGGGCAUCAUCGAGGAGGUCGGCGACAACGUCGAGGGCGACUGGAAGAAGGGCGACCGCGUCGUCAUCGAAGCCGUCAUCAGCUGCAAAGAGUGCUACGCCUGCCGGAGCGGGUGCAACAACGCGUGCUCGAAGCUCGGCUUUGUCGGCAUCUCGGGCCUCGGCGGCGGCCUGAGCGAGUACUUCCUGUCGCCGGCGGCGUACCUGCAUCGCGUCCCGGACGACGUCUCGCUCCGGAUCGCGGCCAUGAGCGAGCCGCUCGCGGUCGCCGCUCACGCCGUCCGUCGCAGCGGGUUCCAGAAGGGCCAGUCGGCUCUCGUGCUCGGCGCCGGGCCCAUCGGCUGCUUCCUUGUCAAGGUCCUCAUCGCGCAAGGUGCCUCGACCGUCAUCAUCUCGGAGCCGUCGUCCACUCGCCGCAACAAGGCCAAGCUCGCCGGCGCGCACCACCUGUUCUCGCCGCUCGAGGACGACAUCCCUGCGCGUGUGCGCGAGCUCACCGGCUCGGACGAGGGCGUCGACGUCGCAUUCGAGGCGGCGGGCAACGAGCGCGCGCUCGACGCCGGCAUCCGGUCGCUCAAGGUGCGCGGCACGCUCCUCAACGUGAGCGUGUGGUCGCGCCCGCCCAAGGUCGACCUGAACGAGGUCGUGUUCAAGGAGCGCCAGCUGUUGGGCUCGUCGUGCUACUACAUGGACCACCCUGCCGUCAUGGAGGCGCUCAAGACGAUCGACCUGUCGGCGUUUGUGACGGGCGUCAUUCCGCUCGAGGACCUCGUCGAGAAAGGGUUCGAGGAGCUCGUCCACAACAACGAGGCGCACGUCAAGAUCCUCGUGUCGCCCUCUGGCGACAUGAGCCUCUGA